GGGAGGACAGGCUGAGAGGACGUUGUGUGGGCUCCAGGGCUGCUCUGCUCUCCUCCCCGGAGCUGCUGGCCGCAUCUCUGCCGCUCAGAGCACCUCUCCUGGCUGCUGCCUGCCCCUUCAGCCUAGGUGGAAGCUGUGUGAUGGAAGAGGAGAAAUACCUGCCGGAGCUGAUGGCAGAGAAGGACACCCUGGACUCAUCCUUUGUGCAUGCCAUGCGCCUCCUGGCAGAAGAAAUAGAAAAGUUUCAAGAGUCUGAAGCAAAGAAAGAAGAUGAGGAAAAGAAAUAUUUAGACAUCAUUAGCAACAAAAACAUAAAACUAUCAGAAAGAGUACUGAUACCAGUUAAACAGUAUCCAAAGUUUAAUUUUGUGGGAAAGCUACUUGGACCAAGAGGAAAUUCUUUUAAAAGAUUACAAGAAGAAACUGGCGCAAAAAUGUCUAUCCUGGGAAAAGGUUCAAUGAGAGACAAAGCAAAGGAAGAAGAAUUAAGGAAGAGUGGAGAGGCAAAAUAUGCACACUUGAGUGAUGAACUCCACGUAUUAAUUGAAGUAUUUGCUCCACCGGGAGAAGCUUAUUCACGUAUGAGUCAUGCCCUGGAAGAGAUUAAAAAAUUUCUUGUUCCGGAUUACAAUGAUGAAAUUCGGCAUGAACAGUUAAGAGAGCUGUCCUAUUUAAAUGGUUCUGAAGAAUCCAAUCGUGGAAAAGUUACAAGAGGUAGAGGAAUAAGAUUGGUUGCAACCACAGUUGCCAGGAAUCGAGGAGGAGGCAUUCCUCAUCCUUUGCCUGGACGUGGCACAUUAGUGCCCAGAAGUUCCCCGGUAUCACGAGGAGCAUUGCCACUACCACCUGCAGCUUGUGGUGUUGCUGCAGCACGGGCAAGGGGAAUUCCAUCUGCACCUGGCUUUAGAGCUCCACCACCUGCCAUUGAGACAUAUGAGGAUUAUGGCUAUGAUGAUGGCUUUGGGGAGGAUUAUGAUGAGCAGAGUUUUGAGGAUUAUGAGAACAAUUACUCCACUCAACCACAGAGUGUUCCAAAAUAUUAUGACUAUGGACAUGGAACAAAUGAAGAAAACUUCAACAGUUAUGGGCAGGAAGAAUGGUCUUCAUCACGAUCCAGUUUAAAGGCACCACUACAAAGAACAACUAGAGGAGGUUACAGAGAACAUCCGUAUGGUAGAUACUGAAGGUCUUCAGCUUUUGUGCCCUCCUCUUAUAGACAAUUAAUUGCCUUAUGGCGCUGCAUAAAACAGCAACAUUAAAACAAGUAAUAGUCCAUUUUUAUCUUGGGGAUUACUGCUUGUGGUUUCCCUAUGUAAUUCUGUAUUUGCAAAAUCAUGUGGUGUAGCAUUGGCUUUAAUAUGUUUUUAAACAUGGACUGAAAAAAUGCAGGAUCAUUUUGUCUAAAACCAUGGAAAAUGUUAUGUUGGUUGUUGUUCAUUGUGGUGUAAUAACUUUCAAAAAGCAUGAAUGUGUGACAGCAUUGGUAAAGUGUAGAUGGAUCAUGCCAGGCCUCGAAUCUCAUUUAUGUAGGGAUGCUAAACUAUGGGAAUAUGAUUUUUGAACAUAACAUAACUAAAUUGUAGAGAGGAUGUUUUAAACUGGAUUUUUUAAUACAUGUAAGAAACAAAAUGUUCAGUAUUAAGUUUGUAAAUUCAGUUUAAAAUGCUGUUUUAAUGGAGCUGAUAACUAAUCAGCUACUGUAAUGUAUGUAGCUAACUGAAUCUGUCAGUGUUUUAAUCUGUAUUUGUUUAAAACAAUCACAUAAAGAUCAAUGUGUAAUCUUCUCUAAAU